AUGGAGAAACCGUACGGAUACGCAAGCGUGGGCAUGAGCGGCGUCGAUCGCGCCGGCGGGAAGGAUAUUGAUUUGGAGAUGGGAGUGGGUGAGGCGACGCUUUACCCAGGGCUAAGCUACGGCGAGAAUCAACUCCGAUGGGGCUUCAUCCGCAAGGUCUACGGGAUUCUCUCGGCUCAGCUUCUCCUCACAACGCUUAUCUCCGCCGUCGUUGUCCUCAAUCCUCCGGUUAACGAUGUCUUGACCGGAUCUCCAGGCCUUCUUCUCUUCCUCUGCAUCAUCCCCUUCGUCUUGAUCUGGCCUCUGCAUGUUUACCACCAGAAGCAUCCUGUUAACCUGAUCCUCCUUGCCCUCUUCACCAUCUCUUUGAGUUUCACUGUUGGUGUCAGUUGUGCUAUGACCGAAGGAAGAAUCGUCCUUGAAGCCUUGAUAUUGACACUGUCCGUGGUUGGGUCUCUAACCGCAUAUACUUUCUGGGCUGCAAAGAAGGGAAAAGACUUCAGCUUCCUUGGACCCAUUCUCUUCACCAGCCUCAUCAUUCUUGUAGUGACCAGCUUCAUGCAGAUGUUCUUCCCUCUUGGCCCGACCUCUGUCGCCAUAUAUGGAGGAAUCAGCGCACUGGUGUUCUGUGGAUACAUAGUCUAUGAUACCGACAACCUCAUCAAGCGUUUCACUUAUGACGAAUACAUCCUCGCGUCAGUGGCUCUCUACUUGGACAUCCUCAAUCUCUUCUUGACCAUAUUGCGUAUUCUGAGGCAAGGUGACAACUGA